AUGUACCCAAACCCCGGACCUCCUGCUGCUUGGUCUCCAAACGCCAAUGGUCAACCACCGCAACAACAACCUCAUCCUCAACACUCUCAACACCCCCAACAUCAACAUCAGCAGCAACACCCGCACCAACAACAGCAGCAGCAGCAGCAGCAACAACAACAUCACCAACAGUUGCCGCAACAUCAACAACCUCCCCCACCUCCACCGUCCACUUCUGCCCCUCCACAGCACCAGCAGCAGUGGGCGCAACCCCCUCCACCGCAUCCCACGGCUCAGUACGCGCAACAGCGUCCGCCCCCUCAGAUUCCUCCCCUCAGCCAGGCAGUGCCUCACGGAGGUCCUCCAAACAUGACCACUCUUCAACCUGCUCACCCCGAACAAUAUCGCUCACUGCCACCACCAAUGCACGCCUACGGUCCACCAGGUCAUUACCAGCAGGCUCUCCCUUACCCUCCUCAACCUGCCCCUCGCCAGAGAACGGCCAUUGCUUGCCGUUAUUGUAGACGUCGCAAGAUCCGAUGCUCUGGUUUUGAUCAGUCCGAGGAUGGUCGCUGCACCAAUUGUCAGCGUUUCUCACAAGAAUGCGUCUUCACGCCUGUCUCGGCACAGUCGCAGGCUUUCGUUCCCGCCCACACUGUCUGGAGACAGCAGGGUGCACCUCCGCAGCAGUUGUAUGGCGCCUAUGGACAGCCGCUACCUCCUCAGCAGCACGCAGUUCGUGAUCCCUAUCCUCAGCCGCAACAUGGCUACCCUCCUCCUCAAGGAUACCCCCCUCAAGGUCCGGUCUACGGAAUGCCUCCUGGUGCAGUCCCACAGGGACCCCCACCACCUCAUGUUGCGCCUCCACAACCCACAGGAACACCAAACCCUGCUCAAGAGGCCGGUCGCAAACGUCCCAACGAAGAGCCGCAUACCCCGACUCUUCCUCCACCGAACCCUGCUCAAGCUGCUCAGAUGCCUCAACAAGGACCUCCCCCGCCCCACGCUCAGCCGCAGUACACCUACCCUGAUCCGACUGUCUUGACUCCUGCAGCGGCUUCGCCUGCCUCGUCUACCACAUCGUUCCAGUCUGCGCAACCUCACGCUCAGCCAUACUUUGCGCCUGCACCUCCACGAAGACCAUCCCCUCAGACAGCCUACUCAUACGAACAACAGCCUCGCCCCUCUCAUUCUCCGCACACUCAUGCCGCGUCUGUUCCCGCGGCUGCGUACAACCCGGCUGUGACGUCUCAUCCUGACUCCAAACCUAUUCCUGCGACCAACGAGCGUACAAGCCCGUCCAACAACGCUCGAGGUGUGCGCAUCAAGGAGCUUGUAGGUCCAAGUGGUCAACCUCAGCCCCAGCAAAACCAUACUCAAGGGCCACCACCUUCGACUGCUGCGCACUCUCAGCAGCCGCAGCAAGCACCGGGCGCCACUCAAACUGCUGCACAACAAGCGCAGAAUCAGGCCAAUUCUGAAGGUGGUAGGAGCCAAGCCGACAGCAAUAUGCUCAGCAAGCUCAAUAACCAGCAGCGCAUGUGA